CAGCAAGCGACGGCGAGCGAGAAGGUCCUCACAGACAGGCAUGAAAAUAGAAGUGAAAGCUGUCUCGAGAAAAAUAGUUUUUAUAUAAAUAAUUACAGUUAAAUCUACUUUAUCAGUAACUGUUAAGCUCUGAUAAACGGCAUCAUGUUUAUCUCUUCACAAAACUCACCGCCCUGCUUCAAAGAUUUCACCCUCGUCAUGCCAGCAGUGGCUGUUGGUAAUGUGGGCCAGCUGUCUGUGGACCUCAUCGUGUCGACUCUCAACAUGAGCAGAGUGGGCUACAUACACACAGACUGCCUCAUCCCCAUGACGGGAAACAACCCGUACGCCACCUCAAAGGAGAACGCUGAGGAGCUGCACACUCCUGCAGAAGUUUACAUGGCAACAGAUCUGAAGCUGGCAGUUCUUCAAAUCCGAGCACCAAUUAUCCAGUCAAAAUCCAAAAAGUUCCGUCAGCUGCUCGUUUCUUGGAUCAAAUCCAGCGGGUUCUCCAGGACCGUCGUUCUGUCCAGCAGUCAGGCCUACCAGAGGGACGACCAGCAGAUGCAAGGCACUCCUUUGAGGUACCUGGUCACUCCCUCCCUGCUGAAGGAAAGCGCGGACGCCUUGAAAGAGCUCAGCUGGAGGGAGAUGGAGCGAGUGGCAGCCUACCCGGGUCUGACGGACACCAACACAGAGCCCCGCCUUUACGUCCCUGGAGGAGGCAUAACCAAAGGACUCUACACAGACAGCUGUACAGAGGACAUCCCGCUGGCUGUGCUGCUGCUCUUCUGUUCGGAAGGAGACAACAUCCCAGACGCCUUCACGCUCGUCAACCACCUCAACGACUGGCUUCAUCUGCUGGACGACCCUAGCCAGAAGCCCAACAAAUGGAAGAUCCCGACAUCCUGGAAUCUCCUUUUUGGCAGUGGUAUUCCUCCAGCACUCUUUUAAGCUUAUAAUUAGUUUCUGGGAAAAGCAGCAAAAUCUCAUAUCCAUGUUUUUGUUUUGUUUUGUUUACCUGUUCUGAACCCACGUACUUCCCAACAGCUUCCUCUUUAUUAUCCUAAUCUUUUAGGUGCACAAACAAAAACAUCAUGUACAGGAAUUGACCUAAAUGAGCACUUCUGGAAUAUUAUUUUUUAGUUUUGCAGCAUUUGAAUGUGAUUUUCAAAUAAAACAUUGCGACAUGAA